AUGGUCUGUCGGGAAUUCUGGAGGGGAGGGGAUAUGUGCUCAACUAGCGCCCAUCAUUAGGCUAACGGUAGGUAGCACUGGAGUAAACAUGGAGCUGUCUGCUGUCGGGGAGAGGGUGUUCGCGGCCGAGUCUAUCAUCAAGCGGAGGAUAAGGAAGGGUCGGAUUGAGUACCUGGUGAAAUGGAAGGGGUGGUCGCCCAAAUACAGCACUUGGGAACCGGAGGAGAACAUUUUGGACUCCCGCUUGUUCGCCGCUUUCGAGCAGAGAGAGCGUGAAAGAGAGCUGUAUGGACCCAAAAAGAGGGGACCCAAACCAAAGACGUUCCUGCUUAAGGCCCAGACUAAAGUUAAAACAAAGUCCUAUGAGUUCAGGAGCGAGGCAGUCAGAGGGAUGCACAUUACCUACCCAACCCCCGAGCCCGUCUUCACCCCCAGGGCUAGAGAAGGCCUGAGAGCGGUCGUUCCCACCAUCUUCCCACCGAGCACUGUCAACCGCGGAGAAAGCGUGCGCAUGCGACCAUCUGAACUGAGUACCCAUGAACACAAGCAGUCUUCCCUUCAACAGACAGGUUCAGACGGACCCAAAAAGAGGGGGCCGAAGCCAAAGCCUCGCUUUGUAGACGGUGGCUGUAGCCCAGUCGUCUUUGAGCCACACAAGAGGAGAGCAGAGGAGAGGGAGAGCCACGGCCCUUACAAACUGUCUAAAUUCCAAGGAGAUGAGAUGAGGCUGCAGAAGUUGGCCCACAGACAGUCGGAGAACCACGCUCCCAGCCAUAAACACCACCGUCACCACCACUAUUAUCAUCACCACUACGCUCAGAAAGUCUCCAGCGGGAGUUCCUACAAACCACUCCACUCUCAGUGCAGCACAGACCCACACAGGACUAAGGACAGCUCGAGCUACCUGGUUGCGGCACACUUCAAGCACCACCACAAAACAAGCCAGAGCCCGAGUCGGCCUGCCGAGUUCCAGCAGGUGGAAAAGCCUUACUUUCUGGACAGGCGGUCACCGACCAGGUUCGAUGACAACCAGGGCGAAAUGACCUGGAGGCCGUGCCUCGGCGACGUAGAGAAGGUGGUGGUGACGGACGUGACCGCCAACUUCCUGACUGUCACCAUCAAGGAGAGCAGCACCUCGAAGGGCUUCUUCAAGGACAAAAGAUGACUCUAAACCACUUUGUUUUCUGAUUCCAAAGUUUAUGGGAUAUUAUAAGCAAAGCAUUUUUUGUAUGUAAUGUAUAAAGGCAAAUUGCAUAAGUUCAUAUGUGUAUAAAAAGUUUGGCAUAUAUUUAAUGUAUUGACCAAAUGAAAUGAAGUCCAUUGAAGUCCUGAGUUAUCGGUGAAUGUGGUGUUCCCUUUUCAUCAGGAGUCUACUUUCAGUUUCACUAUUCUUCCAGCUAAAACCAGAUAGAAUGUAUUAUUUUCCUUAUAAGUUCCAAGCUGAGAUCAAAACAAGAUAAUACCUAAAUGCUAAAUUUAAUCUGUAUUAUUUGAACUGGUGAGACUGACAGUAAAGAGUCGUUUAUAUUUAAAAAUGAACUCGAGCACUUUGAAUUCAGAAGUUUUUUUUUUUUUUUAAGUUUUUUGUUGUCCUAAAGAGUUUUGUAAUGUCUUUAAAUUUUUAACAUGAAUAAAAAAAAAUACUUUUUCCCAAGGUUCAUAUAACUAAUUUUUCCCAUUAACAUACAUUUUACAUUUCAUAGAAAUGUUUGCUGUAACAGAAAGUUGUCAAACUGCUUUUUAGUUGCUUUUCAAUAAAUCAGCUGAGUUUCUGA